AUGUCGUCUCUGCAAGGCAAAGUAUACGCAGUCACGGGUGCUGCUAGUGGUAUCGGCCUCGCGACAGUAAAGAAGAUAGCCAGUCGAGAAGGGACUGUCUGCGUUGCCGAUAUUGACGACUCAGGGCUGAAAGAUGUCGACGCUUAUUUGGCUACCUUGUCACCAAAUGUCCCAUACUUGGUGACUAAAGUCAACGUCGCAGACAAGACACAAGUGGAAGCGUGGAUCAAUGAAAUCAAAACCAAAUUCGGCCGUCUCGAUGGCGCUGCCAAUAUUGCGGGUAUCAUCGGAAAGGAUCAUGGCAUAAAGCCCGUUGCCGAGCUUGACGACGACGAGUGGGACAAAAUCAUCGGGGUAAAUCUUACUGGCAUGAUGUACUGCCUCAGAGCAGAACUCCGAUCUAUCGAAGAUGGGGGGUCCAUAGUGAACAUGGCAUCGAUACAUGCCACAAAUGGUAUGGCAUUUCAUGGAGCGUAUGCGGCUAGUAAGCACGGUGUCCUUGGUCUUACCCGAGCUGCUGCCAAAGAAAACGGGACACGAGAGGUUCGUGUCAAUGCAGUAGCUCCCGGUCCUAUUUACACGCCAAUGAUGCAAAAGUACUGGGAUGAGGUGAAUAGACCAGUUGACGCACCGUUUGAUGAACCUAUUGCGUUCCGGCGUCAGGGUAAAGCAGACGAGGUCGCGAAUGUCGUGCUUUUCUUACUGGGACCCGAGAGUUCUUUUGUUAGCGGAAGCUGCUAUUCAGUAGACGGUGCAUGGAUUUGA